UGUCGAAUGGCUGUCGGCUUCUGAGUCGCGUUCGCGAAUUAUUUAGAUCAAGUUUUAUGCAAAUAUACUAACAAUCUUACUGAAAAUUUCAAGUCAAGUUUUGUGCUUAAUGUGUUAGUUUGAAGCUUAAUGCAAAAAUGCAACCUACAACGAUGCUUCCAAAACUUACUGAUACAACUCAAACGAUCUCAUUUUCGGAGGGUGAUGGUGUCUGUAGUUCCGAAGUUUAUUCAUCAGAUGUAGUAGUAACAACUAAUGCUGGUAACCAUAACCAUGGUAGUUCAAAAGUAAAGCUGAAAAGCCUUGUUGACUACAAUUGGGAGCCCAAGUUCUACCCAGGCCAACUAUUGGCUGUUCACAUUAGUGGCAAAUACUUAGCAUACAGUAUCAAGGCACCCAAUGCUGCCAACCCUGGGACAUGGAAUGGGAUGGUGCGUGUAGUGUAUAACCCUGAACCAGGCAUUGAUAGAAGAACACUUAUAAAAGGCAUGAAAGGAGAGGUACAAGAUCUAGCUUUUGCACAUAUACCAAAUCAAGUGGUCUUGGCCAGUAUAGAUGAAAUGGGAAACUUUUAUAUACAUGAAAUUGAAGUGACUGAAAGUGGACUCCGCUGCACACUAGCGGCGGAGGUGCGCGAGGACACCGGGGUGGGCGGCAGCACGCACCGCGUGGUGUGGUGUCCCUACAUCCCCGACGAGGACGACGCGCCCGACGACGACGUGGCGCGCCUGCUGCUCACCACGCACGCCAACCAAGCCCGCAUGUGGAACAUCCGCGCGUGCUCGUCGCUGUGCGGCGCGGCGGGCGCGGCGGGCGCGGGGGGCGCGGGCGGCGCGCUGGGCGCGGGCGCGGCGCUGGCGAGCGGCGCGGGGCGCGGCGCGGGCGCGCACGGGGGCGCCGUGCUGGCCGCCGCCUUCUCGCCCGACGGCACGGCGCUCGCCACCGCCGCCGCGGACGGAUACGUCAUGUUCGCGCAGGUAUACAUGAAUAAUGAGAGUAGCCCGCGCUGCUUACACAAGUGGCAGCCGCACGGAGGCAAACCCCUCAGCUGUCUUUUCUUCCUUGAUAACCACAAGAACUACAACACAGAUGUCCAGUUCUGGAAAUUCGCUGUAACCGGUGCUGAGAAUAAUACAUCUAUAAAAAUCUGGUCAUGCAAAUCUUGGAAUUGUCUCCAGUCAAUAACAUUCUCUCCCUCCUUGGGCGGAGAGACCCUGGGCAUGAAAGCCAUGUUGGAUACCAGUGCUAGCUACUUACUACUAUCUGAUUUUAAGACAAGGAGUCUGUAUGUGUUAAACAUGGCAAGAGACAGUGAGGACACGAUGGCCUAUUGCAAAAGCAUAUCUGAGUUCCUCUUGCCUUACCCUGUGUUGAGCUUCUGUAUCGUCGAUGCUGAGGAGCAGCAGGUGAAGUGCGAGUCGAGCUGCGACGACCCCUACCACACCAACGGCUCCAGCGGAGACGUGGGCGCCUCGCCCGACGACUUCGAGGUGCACCACGACUCGGUUGAGUCUCCACACCACGCUGUGUGUGUGCAGGAGGAGGGCGAGCGUCGCGUGCGCCUGCGCCUGUACAUCGUACAGCCCAAGGGGCUGCAGGAGGGGGAGCUCAUAUACGCGCCGCGACUGCAGAGGAACUCCUUGCCGUUGCACGACCUGGAGCAGCUGUCGCUGGAGGAGGGCACGGCGGCGGAGGGCGCGCUGCCCACCAGCAUCCUGCAGCAGCAGACGCAGCAACUCAAGAGCCUGCUCAUGCGCUCGCAGACUCAACCGGGUAGUUUGAUCGGUCAACGUCCAGAAUCUCCGACGACGAUGCCUCCUCAACUGAAUCUCAUGACUCCUGAUGCUUUUAGUUCGCCGGGUAAGCGGGAAGACGACGACCCGCCCCUGUCAGCCACACCGGAAAUCAAUAAUAAGCCAAGAGUUUCCACCGGAGGCAUGGUGUCGGUGCCCCCCGUGGGGCUGGCGGAGGAGAGCGCGGAGGUUGCGGCGGCGGCGGUCGCAGGGGUGGAGGGGAAGACGUCGGGGGGCUCCAGCCCCAGCCGGGAGGUGCAGCAGAUCAUGUCGCACACCACCACGCCCUUCUACACCGACAUGGAAGAAGAAGAAGAAGUUUCGAAGCAGACGCCGCCGCCGGAGGUUGAAGAGGUUGUCGCGGGGACCAGCGCCGCGGGGGCGAGCGAACCGUUCUAUACUUCUGAACUAUUUACAACACCUGAAAAGCCGCCUCCGCCCGCCAAGCUGACGCAUGCUAAUAGUGACACAUCGUGGCCGCAAAUAUCCCUCGCCCAGAUAACGGAAGCUAACCAGAGGAAAGCCUCCAGCGAGAAGUCCAGCACGCAGUCGCUGAGCGCCCCGCCGCCCGCGCCCCCCGCGCCGCCCGCGCCGCCCGCCGCCGACGACGCCACCAGGACCCGCCUCGAAUCGCUUGAACAGAAACUGGAUAUAUUAACCGAGCUGGUGUCGACGCAGACCCGCGAGCUGCGCGCGCUGCGCGGCGACGUGAGCGCGCCGCGCGCGCAGCUGGACGACGCGCUGCACGCGCACGCGCAGCGCACCGCCGUCGCCGUCGACACCGCGCUGUCGGCCGGGUGGGAGCGCGUGACGCGGCUGUCGGAGGCGGCGAGCGCGCAGGCGGCGGCGGCGGCGGGCGCGGGGGCGGCGCGGGCGCUGGAGCCGCUGGCGCGCGCGCUGCAGCACGAGCUGGCCGCCAAGCUCACCGCCACCGACCGCCUGCUGCGGGACAACAUCGAGAAGCUCGCCGGCAGCAAGACGGUAAUGGAGCGGCUGAGCACCGCGAUCGCGACGUCGCUGACGGAAAUGGUGCGCGAGUCGUUCCGCUCCGCGCUGUUCGAGAGCGUGGUGCCCGUGAUGGAGAAGGCGCACGCGCAGAUCUUCCGCCAGAUCAACCACGCCUUCCAGACCGGCACCAAGGAGUUCGCGGCCAACACGGAGGCGGCGGCGCGCGCGGCGGCGGAGCGCGGCGGCGCGGCGGGCGCGGCGCCGCUGCUGCGCGCGCUGGAGCGCCACGCCGACGCGCUGGCCGCCGCCGCGCCGCCCGCGCCGCAGCACUACGCCGCGCAGCUGCGCGACGUCGUGCACGGCGUGCUGGAGAAGGAGGUGUCGUGGUGGCGCGAGCAGGCGCGCUCCGUGCAGAUGUCGCGCGCGCACUCGCCCGCCACGCCCGCCGCGCCCUCCGUCGCCGACCGGCAGAUGCAGGUGAGCCAGAUCCAGUCGCUGAUGAUGAGCGGCGACGUGAACGGCGCGUUCCAGCUGGCGCUGUCGGCGUCCGACCUGGCGCUGGUGGUGGCGGCGUGCCGCGCGGCCGAGCCGGCGCGCGUGCUGGGCCCGCCCUGCCGCCUCAAGCAGCACGUGCUGCUGUCGCUCGUGCAGCAGCUGGCCGCCGACAUGACGCGCGACACGCACCUCAAGCACCGGUAUCUCGAAGAAGCUGUGAUGAACUUGGAUACGACGAAUCCAGUUACACGUGAACACUUGCCAGUGGUCAUAAGAGAGCUGCAGAAACAGAUAGUGGCGUUCCUAAACUCAAACCCGGGCCACGCUCUCAGCAGGCAAUUCCGCAUGUUGCUGAUGGCCACCGAGUCGCUGGUCAAAAACACCGUCUGACCACGGCCCUGCUGCCACUGUCCCUGUGCCUACAGGACUAUGCACUGAUAUUAAACUAGUGAUGUGAAAAUGUGACUGAACGAAAGUGUUUAGUGUGAAGAGUCUAACAAUUAGUGAAAAUGACACUUAAUACAAUGAUCAAUCAACCGGCUUUGAUGAUUGUUUAUCUUUUUUCGUUUCUCAUAAAUUAUUGACGCCUAGUUAUUGUUUCGUCUGAUGAAUAUAUUAUAUACCCCUAGCAUAAACAUUUUCAAUAAACAUGUAAUGAUUGAAAUGUAAAAUUGUAACCGAUACUAGUAUUAUGAUAUUUGAUUGAACAAAUGAUUUAUAUUUAUAAAAGUAUAUUUAAAAAAAAAUACUAAAUUUAUCUGAUAUGUUUUUUUUUAUCAGAAAAUUAAUGAACGUUAACAAUUUAGAAGGUAAUCAUCUGUAAUGUUUGGUAUUGUUUUGUUCCUUUUUAUGUAUUUACUUUUGGUGCUUUGGACUGUUUCCAUUCUUUUUAGUUUAAAGUCUACAUUAUUAUGCAUAAGUAAAAUUACAAAUUUCUACACUCUUUAUUUUUUGUAAACGGCCACACGACUGCUGCCUGUUUCACAGGAGAUUAAUGUAUAAAUUGUAUAGAAUAUUUUUAUAAGUUAUACAUAUCUCAGUGGACAGGUGACUUCCCUUGUGUUACUCGACAUUUCACAUGGUGUGGAUAAGAACUGAUUUAGUAUGUAUUCAAUUAUUAAUGACAAUAGUAAUAUUUAUACUUGUAAUGAUGGAAAUAAAUUUAUAAACAACUGCUUAUAUUAUAUAAGGGCCAAUUAUUGUCGCAUAUGAACCUUAAGUUGCUUUGUAUGAAUGUUAGAUAGAUCAUUUUUCGAUUGAAAGAAGUCUCCACACCAAACCCGCCAAUGACCUGAGUUCAGUUUAUUAUCGGUCGUACUUGUAUUCACGAUACUACCUUAUUUGAAAUUUGGUAGAUCCUCAUAGGUUAUAGACCGCGUCUUUUAAAGACAGUCAUCAGAUCCCGUUGAGACAUCUACUACAUUAAUGUACUGGCAAUUCUUAAUCAAUGAAUGAUCCUUUUAUAAUAUACUAUAUGGAUGCCAUUAAUUUUUCUAGUUUUUAUUUCAAUUUUACUUUUAUGAAAUAUUAUUGCAACAUUCUAUUGAAAUGAACAAAAAUAUUAUCGUCAAUUUAUAUCUAGAUAUAACUAUAAGUAAAUAGUAUGACUGCUGUAAGCUUAUAUAGUCAUUAAUAUUAUAUGUACAAAACUUACGACUGAGGUUACAAUUGUCCUUGUAAAUAAUACAAUGUAAGUCGCUAGCAUUAGUUAAUAUAAUGUAAAAAAGUCAUUCAAGAAGACUUAUUUAAAUAUUGUUUUUUUAUGAGAAAUUGUUAAAAUAACGUUUAUAAAAAUUGUAAUCUUUAUGAUUAAACAAAUACUAGGGCUUGACUUAGAUUUUCUAGUGUUGAAAUCUGUAUUCAAUUUUAUAUUUGAUUUAUGCAAGAUAAAAGUAUUUUUAAAAAUUUGCGAAAGAAAAAAUACACAACCUACAAAUAAAAACAGCUGGUUCACACGGUCGUGACGAUAUUUUAAUAACAUACAAAAAGUAUAACGUAUAAAACUUGAUAAAUAGCAAGUUGUAUAAUGUCGUCAGUAAAUCUUCAGCCCGAUACCCCACAGUGCGGUUAAGACCUGUGCCAAUGUUGCUUCACUGCGGGAUCGUGUUAACCGUUGCUCGUUGUCCCCUCGAUAGUCUUCGCGCUCUUGCUAAACCAGCUUUAGACUUGAUUUUGAUUCAGUGAAAAUUAAUAUCAUAUAAUCUUAUAAGAUUGUUUAAAUUUGAAUUUUGAAUACUCAAACUUUUUGUGUAAUUUUGGUAUGAUUUCGUUGAUAAUAAAAUAAA